GUCAUGAAACAACAAGGCCAUGUGCUCAUGAUGGCCGUCAGCGGUUCUCCUUCGAAAGAUGUUUCGUUUUCGCCAAUCUCAGUUGCAGAUAGGACCCCUUCCAAGACCAACCUGACGGGCAUCCCGAGAAAGAUCAGGGAUAGCUGCGCGGACAUUUACAACAUUGUCCAGAAAUGGGACAAGCUGAACGUGGACGGAACGGUGCUGCUCAACAGAAUCGCCACAGCCAAACUGAAAAGCCUUGAAACCAGCGAAAGUGGCGGAGAAGCCGAGGAUGCCAACAUCAGAGCCGACAAGCUCUCGGAGCUCUGCUCGAUGUUGCUGGACGUCUGGACUGAAAUGGAAUGCCAGGUUGCCAAGGCGUCUGCCAUCGUCGAAAACCUGGCAGCCACGGCGGAGCUGCACAGUCGGAGAAUCUCGUCUGCCAGCGGAGACACCGAGGACAUCCUUUUUUUGACGUGGCCCGUUGACAGAUUCUACGUGGUGGCACGGCAAGUGGUGGCCACGUACGCCAAAGAGCUGGGAGUCAAGAAGUGCCUCGUCGAGGAAGUGGCCACAGUGGCCGACUCGAAGACCCUCUCGUUCUACGUGGCAGCGUGGAGCUACCAGGCCUACGUCGACGACAACUGCCGCCUCUCGCUCGAAGCUCUUGUGCACGAAGUCGGACUCAAGUGAACUCUUUUCUCGCGCGUGCAGCAUGUGUGGAAGGCUGUUGACGGGUGUAGAGACUUCACUUAUCGUCACCCGUUACAGCGUGCAUAAGGCGGAGCUUGUUGUGGAUGGAUGGAUGGGUGUGUAUGGCCGAACCCCACGAUGCAAAAUAGCAGUCAAAGCUGCAGUGCGCGAUAUCAAAAGACGCAAACUUUGCGUUCUGCUGUCGCCAGAACGUUAGCGUUGGCGGCGGUGGAAAUCAGUUCUUUGAUCGACGUUUUAUUGAUGAUCAUUUUGUCGACAGUUCGAGGUUCCUGCAUUUGUUUCAUCGACGCACCUCGCGACGUUUCGUCGAAAUAGUCCUUCCGCGCGCAUUGCCUCGGUCGCCGACUUCCGGAUGGUGUUUUAUCUUGCUGAACCCCGGGCUGUCCCGACGAGGCCUCGGGCAAGCUCGGGCCCGAGAUUAUAAUAAAAUUGUUCCACGAGCGGAGCGAGGGGUGUCCUCGCACUGGGCGGACCGUUUGCAAGAUUGGGACUAGGGCUCAUGGAUUGGUUUUUGCUCCGCCAUUGCCCACUCUGGUUCUGCUUCUUGCGAACGAAAUGAA